AUGUGGUAUCAAAGCUGCCAUAUCAUUUUGAGUUGUUAUCGUGCGCACCUCACUAUGUUGAACCCAUCACCACUGACAUUCUGUAACUGUGUUUCGGUGCCUUUUAUGUCAUGUGCUUCUGUGUUCCCACCAUGGAACUGUCCUGUUCGUACCCCAACUCCAGGAUAUAGGACAUCUUCAGACGAGAUAGUCACACAAAACGCUCGUGGGAUCGAGCAAAGGGACAGCACUAGCGAACCAAGCAAAAGUCGGAGUCUAAAGUUUGGGAUUGAAAACAUACUUUAUGGAACAAACUCGCAACCAGGUGGGUACGCUACUCUGGUGCGUUAGCACUAAUUGAUUGAGGGGACAAUUCAAAUUAAGUUCAAGUUCUUCCGGAAUUCGUCUGAUCAUACUAAUGGCUAAUAAUCAUAAAUAAAACUGAUUAAAAAGAAAUCUAAACUUCACAUUUCCUCAGUAUUAUAAAACAAUUCAUUCCGUUCGUUUUAUUGCGUGAUCUCAUUGAGUUUGCUAUUAUGUGAUAAGAUAAGCGUCUCUUUAUUUCAUUCGAAAUAAUUCUUCGGGUGAACUUAGAAAUUGUUACUCAGUGCAGCUAUGAUCUCCGUGUAAGUGAUGGAGGCUCGUAAAGGAACGUAGAAACACAACAAAGGCAAAGUUAGAAGGAAAGUACACAGUUUCCUUCACUUUUGGGGAAGUUGCAGCAACGACUCUCUUCAAGUUCCUUCCACGUAAUAAUCAACGUAGCGCAUCAAAAUCACACUAAACUGUGCUGCUCGUCACUGACUUCUUUAACAUUUUCGUUGCGCGCCUUUAGUUUUGUCGGUUUUCAAGAAGGGCCUGUUGUGUCAUGAACUGUGAUUGCAUUUUGACAGUAAUUUUUCGCUGCUCAAGCCAAUUCACUCGAUCCUGUGAAAGUCCAUCGAAACUGACAGAACGUUAGAAAGCUGGUACUUCUUGGCUGAGCAAUAAUGUCGCUGCCGUUAUCUUUGCUUUUCUGUAUUCUUCAGUUCGAGAUGAAUUCUUCAGACUCGUUUACUGGAUUUAAAUUGGUUCACAUUUUUUUAAGGCACAGGUCCUGAGCUGAGCAACGUCAUCUGUGUUAUUUAUCAGUCGCCCGAGAAAAACAGUUUACUCGAUUCUUCUCGGCGCAAACAAAGACUGGAAUAUUGAAAGGCUUUCAGGACUGAGGGGUGUAUGUGCAAAAGCAUAGUCUCACUCGAAGAACAAUUACGCGGCAUUCGGUAAACAAGGGCGCUAAUAUAGUUAAACAAGCCAUUAGUUUAUUUAUCACUAUUAUCUCCAUCAAACAUCCUAUAUAAAUAAAACCUAGGUUAUUGUCAGAGCAGAGUUGUAUUCGACAGUCACACCAUUUCAGGAUUUCAUCAACAGACUCAAAAGAUAACGAAAUGUGCCACUUUGCGCAACAUAUUAAACAUGUAACCGAUAGGAAAGUACUGCUCAGUGCUUUUAUUUGAAUGGUCAAACUUCAGGAUUUCAUCCACAGUCUUAAGAGUUAGAAACACCUUGUCGAACCAGGCACAGCAACAUAUUUAAGUGGCUUUCAUUUUAAUUGUCACACAGUCAGCUUUCGCGGGAUUUCAUCCACAGACUCAACAGUCAGUACCAGGCACCUUGUACAGCUUAAUAUACAGUACCGAGAGAGAAUAAUCUAGAUUAUUUUCUCUUGACAGUACCACAAGAAAGUACUGCUCCAUGGCGACUUUCACUUAGAUGGUCACACUUUACUUUAAGAAAAAAAAAACCCGGCCCUAUCUCUUGAGUUGAAUACUGAUUUCAUUUACAAAAGGGAGACAAAUGUUAGAACUAAACAUCUGUACCAAAGAGUUCUGCCGCAAAGGGAUUUACUUGAAUUGCAUUUCACAUCUACAGGACUACAUAUUUUGUGACUAAAUAUUUAAAUCUUAACGCCAUUGGAUUAAUCAAGAGUGUCGUUUUGAAAUAAGGUCACUAAGACUUUCCAAACGAUCAAGGAAAGCUGGUAAGUUGAAAGGGUUUCUAUACAUUCAAGAAACACUGAGCUGGGAAGUUGGUGGCGGGGGUAUUAGACAAGGGUUUCUACAUAUUUCUACCUCUAACCCUUUAUCUUAAAUAUUUGUUUUCGUCCAGACUCAGUGUUGCUUCUUAAGCUUUUAAUGCAAGUUGGACAAUGUCAUUGUUUUGCCGUACUUACAGUGUACUUAAGUGAGAUGAAUUCAAAUGCAGUCUCUCGUUAACUGUCCCCUUUAUUAGUUAGAGCCUCUGAAGUACUUCAUAUUCAUUCUCUCUUUCGUAAUAUUACCAAAUAAAACCCAAUUUCCUAACAGCUUUCUCUAACAGCUUAUUUAAAUAUGUGCAUUUCUUUAUACAAGCUCGGUCACAAGGCUUAAAGAAACUACCCACGAACAAGACAUCUUUACAUAAUUGUUUUCUUCUGUCCCGAGAUCUAAUAACAAUGUACUGUGCCGUCCAAAUGAGCUGUGAGUAUCACGCAGAAGAGCUUACAAAUGUGUACAUUGUACCCGAAUGAGCUGAGAAGGUCAUAGUUAACAGUCGAACACACCGUGGGUUUAAAUUGUCUUCACGAUGAGUGUGUACCAGGUGUGUGUUAUUGUGCUUCAUUUAUUUUAGGCGUCGGCUAGAAAUUGGUUUCUAACUUACACUUCGCAGAGUAAACUACAUUCCUGUUGAAUUUGGUUAAAUUGUGUAAGAACUAAGGCGUCACUUGAAACAGUUUCGUGUAACUGUAUCUUAAAUCCUUACAGCUUGCACACAGUAAGUGUUUUUAUAACGUCAAGCCAGAAAAUGUUUUAACAAUCCUACCUUUUCAAGAGCAUUACUAGCAGCUUUAAAUCAUAAAUUUGUUUAUCUAUAAGAAACCCAAUCUGGGGUACUACGCUGCGAUCACGACAUAAGAAUUUCUCAAAAUUCUGUUGGAUUCACUUUAAAGUAAACUGAAAGCAUGCAUCUUCGAUCUCCCCUAAGAUCCUUAGCGUAACAGCUCAUGCUGUACCCUUGUGAAAUGUAGUCCCUUGUCGAAGGUUGUUAGAUCUCUAAAAGAAAAAAGAAAAGCGCGGUCUUCUAAUGUUAAUUUUUGCAAUCUCAGACGAUUGUUAUCUGCAAAGCUUUUAAAAACACGGUGUUUGCUCCCUUUUUUCAAACGGAAUUGGCGAAAGAGAAACUUAAUUACAUAUAUAGUCGCAUUAAAUAUACUAAUGGCUUCAUCUUUUUAAACAUUUUUAAGUGGAUAAAAACCAGACCUUUUCAGGGAACGGAUACAUACAGUACAUAGUUAUAUUAGUUAAUAGGCAUUUUACCGUAUUUUAAGAUGUUUAGGAAAAAUCAGGAUCGCCAACGUAAGCUAUAUUAGGGGCCGAAAAAGCUCUUAGCCGGUUCUACACACUCUAGAACACUAGGCCGUUUUGGAAACAAUAGUUGAAAGCGACAAGAAAUUUCUCAUUAUCAAUGACUGGAUUUAGUUUCAGCUUAUUUGCCCGCGAAAUAAAAAGCAUUUGUUGUCUUGGCAAAAAGUAAGAUUUAAUAACUCUCGACCUCUUUUAAAUAUCCGCAACCUUACCACGAUCCGUGUUUAUUAUCAUUUAAUUCAGUCUCUUUUUGCAUCUCAGAAACGAUUCUCCGAUAACACAGUCACGAUAUAGAGGAUAUUACAUGGCCGCGCGGAGAUACGAAAUUUCUCUUCGAGUGUUGAAAAAUAUGCGCGAACGAGUGAAAUAUUUUUCAACACGAGAAGAGAAAUUUCGUAUCUCCAAGCGACCAUAUGCAUGUAAUAUUCUAUUUAUUAUAUAAACACCAAUGAAAUACCAAACCAUUUUACUUCAACAGAUUUUGGUAUGAAAGGUGCGAUUUAUUAUGUAGCCAUUCCAACGGUGAUAUUUUCACAUAGAUAACAUGUUAUUUUCACAUGUGAAGAUAUCAAGUUUUCGCGCGAAAGCUCACUUGGUAUUUCAUUGGUGUUUAUAUAAAUAAAACUCAUUUCUUCAUAAAACAGGGGCACCCAACGACAAUUUUUGGAAAAUAUCCGUUCGGAAGACGAUUUGAGAUCUAGAAUUUUCGGAACAUUUGUUGUUAAAUUUCUUCCUUGCCCGCCUCUCCUCGGAUUUUCGACCCCCUCCAAAAAGAUAUAAUUGCCUACUUUUAACGGAUUUUUACCCUAAAAAGGUCACCUAGAAUGUGCGGGAGCCUUUUUUCUGGCUGAAAUUUUCGAAAAGGUAAGUUUCCAUCCCUAUAAUUUUCGGAUCACUAGACUUUCAGCUAGGAAAUCCGAACAGAUGAAACAUUUUUAGGGGAUAAAAAUAUGCCUAUAUCUCACGUUUAAAUACUAAAAUACGUUCAACAAUGCCAUGUUUAAGUGGUUUUGAACUAUAUUCUCGUUGGGUGCCCCUAAUAAACGUACUUUGCAAAAUAACUCUUUGUGUGUUUCUUCUUCGUUGAGAAGGUAUCGUCAACUUUAUCUUCGGUUUCCAAAGACCUCGAAUUUUAUAAGGGUGAGAGUUGACAAAUGUCAGCGUUAAUGGCAUAUCACAUGAUUGGAAAAAACACGAAAAACCAAAACCUCUUGACGAGGAAUAUUGCCGUACUUGGUACCAUCUGAAUGAUGCUCUGAAUUUAAACGGCCUUUAUCGCUGGCAACGAUUUUAAAAAAUUGUGUUUAAGGUUUAUUAAUAAAUAGUUGCAAAGUGAUAUUUGUUAAAAUCCUUCUUUCAGGAGAAAUCCUCUUUCAGUAUUAAAUUUGAUGGUGAUUGAAGUAUCGAAUGCUGAUCCGAUCCCAAAAUAGCUCCUUUAGUCAUCGAAUGGCAUUAAGUUCCUUUUUCGUAUUUUUUUUCUUUUCCAUGAAAUAUUUGGAGCUUCAAAAGUGUUUGGUCUGGUCCCCCACUUUUUACUCGUCAUCAAUAUCGACAAAAAAAGAAAAGGUUCUCAAAAAUGUAAAAUAUUCUGUACUUUAGUCACUGUAAGUACUUGGUGAAAGACCCGGGGCGGGGUACUUUCUUGUGCGAACUACACGGAACCAUGAGAUAGCAACUCUGUACAUAAUACUGUUAGGGAUUUCUGCUCUAGAUGUAGUUCAAAAUAACACUUUAUAGAGUGUCGAGAACAACAGGGGUCUGAUUUUCCGCUUAUCAAUCCUGAGAUCAAAGUAUAGCAGCGUGAUUGUAGCCACCUAAUACUGUUUAUGCAUUAAGCUUCAAGAUUUACUUCCGGGACAUGAAUUGUCAGUUUAGCAGGUCAUAAGGCAGUAUGCACUACGUGAAACACUCUUAAGAAAGCGUUGUAACUUUGUUCUUUGCAUUCUUUCGUUUUAGCAUAUACGUAUGGUAUUCAGAUCUAUUCAGCAAGGUUCAUUCUUGUCCUUUUAGGUCAUGUUUUUAAAUUUUUAGCAUUACUGGUGAUUUUGUAUAAUAGGCCGUUAGAAGUAAAUCUCCUCACUAAAUGAUACCCAUUGUUCUCUUUAGACACGCUUCAGCAUUAGAUGCAGUCUAAACUAACGUGAUGAUAGUUUCUUAGGGAAAACUACACUUUAAUCUGUCACGUAAAAAAGACGACGCCACUUCGAAGCUACUGUUAUUAACCUUCCUCUGCCAAUUUAUUCUUUUUGCCUGUUAAAUAUUGCAAUCUUUGAAGGACGCAGGCUCAUUAUACAAACCAAUGAUAAACUGUAGGACCCUGCAAAAAGCCGAGUAUACUUGUACAGUAUACAGUUUUCUUUUCAGGAAAGAAAAAUAAAAUCAAACAAAAGGUGGCGUCGUUGGAGGUAGUUGGUGCCACUUCUGAGAGAUUUAAUGAGCCUAACCGUUUUAUAUUUGCUUAUUUAUUUGUUUUGGCCCUGAGUAGUUCGGGUUAUGUCCAAAUCUCUCAGCGCAAACUGAAGUCUGGUUGUAUACGAUUAGCGUUAAAAAAUUUCCCCUUGAAGUGAAAAUCGGCGAUUUCAAGAAUGAUUCAACUGAGUGAAAAUUUAAGCCAAGUGACUCCGUUUGUUAAUUCUUGCAGCUAAUUAACUACAUAACAUGUGCAACAUUCCUCUUAAGAAUAUUAGCAAAGGUCAGCGAUGAUUUGAUUCAUACUGCAAAGUUUCUCUGGCUUAAGCUAAGCCGGAAAUAGCUGAUAUCAACUAACAAAGCAUUAGGAGUGCUUUACGUAUUUUCCUCGGGGUUGCGGUUGACAAACUCUUGUGUCAAUUAGGUUAAUUGCCUUAUAAAAUUUAUACUAGAAGGUUUAUAUGAUAACUUGGCAAUGUGAGGGAGAUGACUAUGUGAAAGAUAUACCAACUUAAGAGGGAUAGUUCGGAUUCUUGCAUGUAAUAAAAAUUCUUAUUUCUAUUUAAAACUAUUAUUUUCAGAACACCCAGAAGUCCAUUUUCCUGAUUUCCCGUUCCUGUGGAAUGAUGGCGUUAAUUUCAUUACCCAUCAGCCCUUUUACUCCCCGCCCAUGCGUACUUCCACCCGCCCUUGGUGUCGCCCAGUCUUCACGCAGCUCCAGCGGCGAGGUCUGGAAAAGCGUUUCCAAGCAACAAAGUACGUCACCAAACGAGAGCGGCUUCAGAUCGGCGCCAUGUUGGGUUUGUCCGAAACACAGGUGAAAGUUUGGUUUCAAAACAGAAGAACAAAGUGGAGACACGAGGCAGCAAAGAAAGAGAAGAAAGAAGAAAAACAAGACGAACAAAACUCGUUAGAAACGAACAAUGGUGUCCAGAAAGAGGAAGUAAAAAGCGAGAAAGAAAAGGAAUACGGAUGUGACGAGUCAGUUUUGAAAAAGGUAGAGAACAGUCCAUAAUUAAUCACAUCAGCAAUUAACAAAAAAUAAUAACAAUCUGAGAUGGGAAAAGAAAAGAAGGAAGAAAGCUAGAGGUUUUACAUGCAUUGAGCGAGGGUUAGGACGAACAUUAGCAAAAAUUUUAGUUUUAGACGCAGUCUCGAUCUUUUUAGCUGACUUCGCUUCUGUCCCCAUCAUCAGUGACCAUUGGGGUAGCUUUUUCUACACUAGUAAACCAAUUUAGCAGAACCUGAAAACCAUCUCCACAAAAGUAGAAGAGUUUGUUACUUUUCAGUCAGAUGCUUUAAUGUAAAGAAACUUUCUUUUGGCAGAAAAAUGAGACUGAAAACUCGCUAAAACGUACUAAACAAAAAUGAACAUUGCUGUCACUCGCAUAUUUGACGGGCUGUGGCCAGUUGCGGCAUGGUUGAGAACGAUGUGAAAAAUUGGAUUCAUGAACUGUUUACACCAAAAUCUGAUUUAUAGAAUAGUCAGAACAGGCUCCUUUACUAGAGUGUAAGAGGGGAAAUAAUUUCUGCGGGAAAAGCCGCUCAGAAUUGAAGAUCACCGACAUGGCUUCGAUGAGAGCCACGGAUAUUUUUUAUUUACCUUUUCUGUAUAUUACUGGAUGAGGACUUUGAGGUUUCUGCUGAGGCUUCGCCAGGGCUAAAAGUUGUAUUUUUUGGCGGUUUCAGCCUCAAAACUACCUAAGAUGUUGUAUAAUUGAAUACGUGUUGAAAUAUUUCAAUAAAAUAAUA